AUGUCCUACGCCAACCCGGCCCCUCCCGGAGAGGCCGACGACGACGCCUCGCGUCCGAAGACGAACGAUGAUUUCCGCAAGGCGUUACUCGCGCCGCGGUCGACCAAGACGCCGUCGAACGAGCGACAAAUCAAAUCAAAAUCUUCAAAGAAUCAACACAAGCGUCCCCGCGGUGAACGAAAGGAGGACGCGAGCGCAUACAGGGACCGCGCGCGCGAGCGAAGAGAGCGCGAAGACGUCGACGGUGAUGACGCGACCGACGGACCAAAGGACGAAGCGAGAGGGGUGUUCGAGGCGUCCACGGGCGACGCCGUCAAGGAUGCCAAAGCGAGAGAAGUCGCGGAGAGCAAGUUUCUGGGCGGAGACGUGAGCCGAACGCACUUGGUGAAGGGGUUGGAUUUCGCGCUGCUGAGGAAGGUUCGAGAGGACAUUGCGGAUGAACGAGCGAUGCGAAGCGAAGAGACGGGGACGAGGGAGGGGAGAGAGACGAGUAGUGGCGAGGCAAAGUUUAAGAGCGCGCGAGGGAGAGCUUUGUACGAAUUCGUGCACGGGAAGGAAAAGAGGAUAAAGGACGGACGGGCGAAGGCGCUCGCGAGCGGGGCCGUGUGCUAUAGCUUUGAUAUAUCGUCAUCGUUGAGGCAGGACGUGCCGACGACGGCGUAUCGCGCGAUCGAUGACGAUGGGAUGGCGGGCAUUCGGGCGCUUCGCGCGUACGUCGAUCCGACCAAGGACGCGGGUCUGCUCACUCGAUUGGGGAAGCUGAUGCAUUACUUGGCGUUGGGAUCGGAGAAAGCGAUCAAAAAGUUUAGACGAGACGAGCGACGGGCGGCCGAGGAGGCUAAGGCGGCGGAGAGGUCGAAAAAGGAGGAAGAGGAAAGACGAGCCAGGGGCGCCAAAGAGGAGACAGCAGAGGCAUCGAGCGAUGAAGACAUUUUCGCAGAUGCGGGUCGGGAUUACGUGCCAAUGAUGCCUGCCAAGUCGACGAAAAGUGAAGAUACCACGUGCGAGGAGAAGGGCAAUUCAUUCUUCGGCGACACGCACGCUGGUGGCGAGGCGAGCGCGCCCGCGCCCAAGGCGAGGACCAUCGCCGCCGACGACUACGUCUUAGAUGAAGACGACGGUGCUACGCAUACGAACGCCUUCGGUGCCUUCGGCGAUUACGCCGGUGAUUACGGUGAUUACGACGUCGACUAUGGCAACGCCAGUUUCGACAAGCGUCGCGGCGGGGAUGAUCCAGCGAAGAUGGCUGAGGCGGCAAAGAAGGAGGCGAUUCGCAAAAAGCGUCAGCUCGGAAACGAGUUCACCAAGAUUCGGUCCAUGAUCAAGGAGCAGCACGGUGACAAGGACGACGUCGCGUUCGAAGACGAUAAGAAAUCGUCCAAGCGCGCGAAGAAAAAGUAG